AUGGAACAGGUGAAGGAGCAGCGGCCUUUCUGCUCGCUGUCCAAGAGCCAGAGAGACAGAGAGAGAGAGCGCGAGAGAGAGAGGGAACGGGAGCGACGUUACACUGCCUCCUCGGCCGACCGGGAGGAAGGAGCCUGCCGCGUGCCCACUCAGAAAUCCUACAGCUCCAGCGAGACACUCCAGGCCUUCGACCAUGACCCUUCACGCAUGCUGUUUGGAGGCAGAGUCAAGGAGAUGGUCCACAAAGAAACUCCAGACUACAGCAGGCCGGGGCAGACGUUUUCGCUGAGGCAACUCGGGAUCUGUGAGCCAUCGACUCACAGAGGUUUGGCGCUGUGCCCUGAGACGGGCCUCUCCCACCCCCUCAGCAGCUACUCGAGAGGACCGGUCGCUACAGAAAACCAUGAACCUGUAUCACCGGAACGUACCAUGGCUCUCUGGGGAAGGGGGGCGAAGUCUGGGCAAAAUUCAUGCCUCUCCAGUCGCUCCAAUUCAGCACUUACCCUCACCGACACAGAAAUGGACAAUAAAUCGGACAAUGAGAUGGGCGACCACCUAUCCAGUCAGCAAGGCCCACCCCCUCUUCCACCAGCUCCCCCACCACACAAGCAGCAUCCAUCCAUCACGUCCCUGAGCCGCAGCUCACUGGCCAAUCAAAGAAGCCCGAGCCCGCCGCCCACAGCCGGCCUGGCGGCCGAGUUGCAGAGCACGGCGGAAUGUGUCCAGCUGCAGGACAGCUGGGUCCUGGGCAGCAAUGUGGCCCUGGAGAGCAGACACUUUCUAUUUAAAACGGGCACAGGAACGACGCCUUUCUUUGGCGCGGCGACCCCAGGCUACACCAUGGCGACAGGGACGGUUUACUCCACGCCGGCGCGCCCUCUGCCCAGAAACAGCCUGUCCAGAGGGGCCUUCAAGUUCAAGAAGUCACCCAAACACUGCUCCUGGAAAUGCACCGCCCUGAUCGCUGUGGGCGUAGCUGUCGUGCUGUCCAUCAUCCUCUGCUACUGCAUAGCAAUGCACCUUUUCGGCCUCAACUGGCAGCUGCAAGAGUUGGACAACCAACUGGCUUUUGAAAAUGGUGGCGUUGGGGAGACGGGGCCCACUCAGACAAGCUUAGUGACGGCUCUGUCCUCUGACAAUGGAAGGACGAGCGUGCUGCAUCAGGAGAACAACUCCAUUGAUACUGGACAGGUGGAGAUAGGUCGCCGGGUGGGGCAGAGCGUCCCGCCGGGGGUGUUCUGGCGCUCUCGCCUGAGCAUGGAGCAGCCACGCUUCCUCAAGUUCAACAUCUCGGUACAGAAGAACGCACUGAUUGGAGUGUAUGGGAGGAAGGGACUUGCACCAUCUCACACACAGUACGACUUCGUUGAGCUCCUGGACGGCAGCCGGCUCAUCGCCAAAGAGCAUCGGACUCCCAGUGAACCGGAGACCAGGGCCCGGCUGGAGCACCCGGUCACCGUCCACCAAGCCGGAUUCAUCCAGUACCUGGACUCGGGGGUGUGGCACCUGGCGUUUUAUAAUGACGGCCGGAGUUUGGAGGCAGUGUCCUACAACACCAUCAUUCAGGAAUCGGUCACAGAGUGCACACACAACUGUUACGGGAACGGAGAGUGUGUGGCGGGGACCUGUCACUGUUUCCCAGGAUUCAUAGGGCCGUACUGCUCCAGAGCUGCCUGUCCGAUCCUGUGCAGUGGGAACGGCCAGUACACCAGGGGGCGCUGUCAGUGUUACAGCGGUUGGAAGGGCACAGAGUGCGACGUGCCUGCCUCUCAGUGUAUCGAUCCACAAUGUGGGGGUCAUGGACUCUGCGUGGCGGGUAACUGUGUGUGCAGCGCCGGCCACAAGGGAAGCAACUGCGAGCAAGUGGACUGUGUGGACCCGACGUGCACCGGUCACGGAGCCUGCCAUCACGGUGAGUGCCACUGUAACCCGGGCUGGGGGGGGAUCAGCUGUGAGAUCCUGAAGAGCACUUGUCCAGAGCAGUGCUCCAGCCACGGCACCUUCAACACCGACUCAGGGACCUGCGUCUGCGAGGCCAACUGGACCGGGGCCGACUGCUCAGUAGAGGUGUGUGUGGUGGACUGUGGUCCCCAUGGCUCAUGCAUCAGCGGGAUGUGUCACUGCGAGGAGGGCUGGACGGGACCGGAGUGCGAGCAGAGGGACUGUCACCCACGCUGCAUUGACCACGGUGUCUGCCGGGAGGGCAAGUGUGACUGCCACCAAGGCUGGACCGGCGAGCACUGCACAAUUGCCCUGGAUUCCAGAGUAUCAGGAGCAGUCAAGAUAGGAUAUAAAGACGGCUGCCCCGGUCUCUGCAACAACAACGGGAGGUGCGUCCUGGAUCAGAACGUCUGGCACUGCAUCUGCCAGUCAGGAUGGAGGGGGCUGGGGUGUGACGUGGCGACCGAGACGCUCUGCUCAGACGGCAAGGAUAACGAGGGAGAUGGGCUGGUCGACUGCAUGGACCCAGACUGCUGCACUCAAAUCUCCUGCCAGGGUCAGACCUACUGUCGCGGAUCUCCCGACCCGGCUGCCAUCGCGGGCCAGGGCCAAGGGGCAGCCGCUGCCCAGCCCACCUCCAAGGGCUUUUAUGAUCGUGUCAGUUUUCUGAUUGGUCCCGGCGGUAGUCAUGUGAUACCUGGGGAUAACCCAUUCAACAGCAGCCUGGCAUCAAUCAUCCGGGGUCAGGUCCUUACGGGAGACGGGACGCCGCUGAUUGGAGUCAACGUGUCUUUCCUGCACUACCCGGAGUUCGGCUACACCAUAACACGGCAAGAUGGCAUGUUUGACUUGCUGGCUAAUGGCGGUGCUUCUUUGACACUGAGCUACGAGCGCGCCCCGUUCCCCACGCUGCGCCGCACAGUAUGGGUGCCCUGGAACGUUUUCCAUGUGAUGGACACAGUGGUGAUGAAAAGGGAGGAGAACGACAUCCCCAGCUGCUACCUGACUGGCCUGGUCAGACCCAGCCCCCUCAUCCUGUCCACGCCGCUCUCCACGCUUUACAAGACCUCCCCAGAGGACAGUCCCAUCAUCCCUGAGACCCAGGUUCUGCACGAGCAAGUUGCCAUACCAGGCAGCGACCUCAACCUGGUCUACCUGAGCUCCAGGGCAGCUGGCUACAAGCCCAUCCUCAAGGUGCUCCUGACCCAAGACCGUCUCCCCUUUGGCCUGAUGAAGGUCCACCUGAUGGUGGCCGUCAUGGGCCGACAGUUCCAGAAGUCUUUCCCUGCCUUCCCUGACCUCUCCUACACCUUCAUCUGGGAUAAAACAGACGCCUACAACCAGAAGGUCUUCGGCCUGGCAGAGGCUGUGGUGUCGGUGGGGUAUGAAUACGAGUCCUGCCUUGAUGUGGUGCUCUGGGAGAAGAGAACAGCUGCUUUGCAAGGCUAUGAACUCGAUGCCUCCAACAUGGGGGGGUGGAUGUUAGACAAACAUCACAUAUUGGACAUUCAAAAUGGCAUUCUUUAUAAAGGGAAUGGGGAGAAUCAGUUCAUCUCUCUCCAGCCGCCUGUGAUCUCCACUGUCAUGGGGAACGGGCGCCGCAGAAGCAUCUCGUGCCCCAGCUGCAACGGGCAAGCUCAAGGCAACAAGCUGCUGGCACCAGUGGCUCUGGCAUGGGGCAUUGAUGGAAGUCUUUAUGUUGGAGAUUUCAACUACAUCCGCCGCAUCUACCCAUCUGGCAAUGUCACGAGUGUGAUGGAGCUCAGAAAUAAAGACUUUAGACACAGUAACAACCCGGCACACCGCUAUUACCUGGCAACUGAUCCAGUAACAGGCCAGCUGUACGUGUCAGACACCAACUCCCGGAGGAUCUACCGGCCAAAGGCCUUAACCGGGACCAAGGAUCUGCAGUCAAACGCAGAGGUGGUGGCCGGAACCGGGGAACAUUGUCUGCCCUUCGAUGAGAACCACUGUGGCGAUGGUGGCAAAGCUCCAGAGGCCUCGCUCACCGGACCCAAAGGCAUCGCUGUGGACAAGAAUGGCUUGAUUUACUUUGUGGACGGCACCACGAUCCGGAAGGUGGAUCAAAACGGCAUCAUCUCCACUUUCCUCGGUUCCAACGACCUCACGUCGGCCCGCCCCCUGACCUGUGACAACAGCAUGGACAUCAAUCAGGUGAUCUUGGAGUGGCCCACUGACCUAGCAGUUAGCCCUAUGGACAACUCCCUUUAUGUCCUGGACAACAAUAUAGUGCUGCGCAUCACAGAGAAUGGUCAAGUGAGUAUUGCAGCAGGACGACCUAUCCAUUGUCCACUGGCCGGGAUGGAGCGUGGCUUGGCCGGCGGUCAAAGGGCACAACUGACUCCCCUAGAAUCUGCUGUUUCCAUAGCCAUAUCUUACCACGGGGCCUUCUACAUAGCUGAAACAGAUGAGAGAAAGCUAAGCCGCAUCCGGAAGGUUUCUGUGGAUGGUGAGAUAACACAUUUGGCUGGGGCCCCCUCCGACUGCGACUGCAAGAAUGAUGCCAACUGUGACUGCUACCAGACAGGGGACGGCUACGCCAAAGAUGCCAGGCUCAAUGCCCCCUCCUCUCUAGUGGCAGCUCCAGAUGGAACUCUCUAUGUGGCAGACCUGGGCAACAUCCGCAUCCGGGCAAUUUCUAGAAAUGGGCCAACUUUGACCUCCAGUGCCAAUACGUAUGAGGUGGCUUCCCCUGAUGCACAGGAGCUGUAUGUCUUUGACGUCAACGGGACCCACCAGCACACUGCAAGUCUGCUCACAGGUGACUUCAAAUACACCUUCAGCUACAGCACGGAGAACGACAUAACAGCUGUUACUGACAGCAAUGGCAACACCCUGAGAAUCCGCCGAGACCCCAACCGCAUGCCUGUGCGUAUCGUCGCCCCUGACAACCAGGUCAUCUGGUUGACCAUGGGGACCAACGGCGGACUGAAAACUCUUACAGCUCAGGGCCAAGAGCUUGUGCUUCUUACUUACCACGGUAACAACGGUCUGCUGGCUACGAAGACCUCUGAGAUUGGCUGGACAACAUUCUAUGACUACGACAGUGAAGGGAGGCUAAUGAAUGUGACGUUCCCCACUGGAAUGGUGAAUAACUUGUACACAGACAUAUACAGCGCUUUGACAGUGGACAUUGAGAGUUCCCUGACAGAGGAGGAAAUAAGUAUCACCACGAAUACCUCAACCAUUCGUGCCUUCUACACUCUGGCUCAGGACCAAUGUAGAAGCAGCUAUCAAGUGGGCUUUGACAACUCUCUGAGGAUUACCUAUGCCAACGGGAUGGACACCCACUACCAGACAGAGCCCCACAUCCUGGCAGGCGCUGCCAACCCAACUGUAGCCAGACGCAACAUGAGCUUGCCAGGGGAGAGUGGGCAAAACUUGGUUGAGUGGCGCUUCCGCAAAGAACAAGCCAGGGGGAAAGUUAUCGUGUUUGGACGCAAGCUUCGAGUGAACGGGCGGAAUAUCCUAUCUGUUGAUUAUGAUCGCACCUUGAGGACAGAGAAGAUUUAUGAUGACCACAGGAAGUUUCUCUUGAAGAUUAUAUACGACGCAGCGGGCCAUCCAGUGCUUUGGGUGCCCAGUAGCAAGCUGCUGCCUGUUAAUGUGAGCCGCAGCAGCAGCGGGCAGAUCAGUGCCCUGCAGAGAGGUCCUACCACCGAGAGAGUCGAUUAUGAUAGCCAAGGCCGCCUGGUGUCCAGGGUAUUUGCUGAUGGGAAGACAUGGAGUUACACUUACUUGGAGAAGUCCAUGGUUCUCCUGCUCCACAGUCAGCGCCAGUACAUCUUUGACUUUGACUCUCUGGACCGGCUUUCUGCUGUCACCAUGCCAAGUGUAGCCCGCUAUACCAUGCAGACAAUCCGUUCAGUGGGGUACUACAGGAACCUUUACCAUCCCCCAGAGAGUAACGCCUCAGUUGCCGUGGACUACAGCGAAGAUGGCCUCCUACUGAGGGUAUCUCAUCUGGGCACAGGACGCAGAGUGCUGUAUAGAUACCGCCGGCAGAACAAGCUGUCAGAAAUCCUGUAUGACAGCACACGGGUCAGCUUCACCUAUGACGAGAUGGCAGGCGUGCUGAAGACUGUCAACUUACAGAAUGAAGGCUUCAUCUGUACCAUCCGUUACCGUCAAAUCGGUCCCCUGGUGGACCGGCAGAUUUUCCGUUUCAGCGAAGACGGCAUGGUCAAUGCACGGUUUGACUACACGUAUGACAGCAAUUUGCGUGUCACCAGCGUGCAAGGUGUCAUCAAUGAAACACCGCUGCCCAUUGACCUCUACCAGUUUGAUGACAUCUCCGGAAAGGUCGAGCAGUUUGGAAAGUUUGGGGUCAUCUACUAUGAUAUAAAUCAGAUCAUAUCCACAGCAGUCAUGACCUACACUAAGCACUUUGAUGCGCACGGACGCAUCAAGGAGAUUCAAUAUGAGAUCUUCCGCUCACUCAUGUAUUGGAUCACUUUCCAGUACGACGAUGUGGGGCGAGUCACCAAGCGUGAGAUCAAAAUUGGCCCAUUUGCCAACACCACCAAGUACGCCUAUGAGUAUGAUGUGGAUGGCCAGCUACAGACUGUAUACCUGAAUGACAAAGUGAUGUGGCGCUAUACGUAUGACCUUAAUGGAAACCUCCAUUUGCUGAACCCAGGAAGCAGUGCCAGGCUUCUUCCUCUGCGCUACGACUUGAGAGAUCGGAUCACCCGCCUUGGUGACAUCCAGUACAGAAUGGAUGAAGAUGGCUUUCUCCGUCAGAGAGGGGGAGAAAUCUUUGAGUAUAACUCCAAAGGACUGCUGGUGCGAGUCUACAGCAAGGGCAACGGUUGGAUGAUUCAAUAUCGUUACGAUGGACUCGGCCGUAGAGUAUCCACCAAGACUAGUCUGGGCCAACACUUGCAGUACUUUUACGCAGACUUGAGCUACCCUGCCAGAAUUACACAUGUAUACAACCACUCCAGCUCGGAGAUCACCUCUCUUUACUAUGACCUUCAGGGCCACCUAUUUGCAAUGGAGAUUAGCAGCGGCGAGGAGUUCUACAUUGCCUGUGAUAACACUGGAACACCUCUGGCUGUCUUCACCAGCAAUGGACUCCUGGUCAAACAGGUGCAAUACACAGCCUACGGCGAGGUCUACUUUGACUCAAACCCCGACUUCCAACUUGUGCUUGGGUUCCAUGGGGGGUUGUACGAUCCUUUGACAAAACUGUUGCAUUUUGGGGAGAGGGACUACGAUAUAAUGCCCGGGAGGUGGACUGUUCCAGAUGUUACCACUUGGAAAAGAGUUGGAAAAGAGCCAGCACCUUUUAAUUUGUACAUGUUCAGGAAUAACAAUCCCAUCAGCAAAGUCCAUGAAGUGAGAGAAUAUGUUGCAGAUGUGAACAGCUGGCUUGUAACCUUUGGCUUUCAUCUCCACAACACCAUUCCUGGGUUUCCAGUCCCAAAGUUUGACUUAAGCAUGCCAUCCUACGAACUGAGGAAGAGUCAGCUCUGGGAUGAUCUUCCGUCUAUCUCUGGGGUCCAGCAGGAAGUAACCAGACAAGCGCACUCUCUCCUGUCAUUCGAGCGGCUGCCAGAGGUCCAUCUCAGCCGAGGUCGCAGAGGUGAAAAGUCUUGGCUGUGGUUCUCAGCGGCAAUGUCUCCCAUCGGUAGAGCUGUUAUGUUUGCCAUCUACAAGGGCAGCGUGCACACUCACACGCUCAAUGUGGCCAGCGAGGACUGUGUCAAGGUUGCAACCAUUCUUAACAACGCCUUCUAUUUGGAAGACCUUCACUUCACUAUUGAAGGUCGAGACACACACUACUUUGUUAAGCCGGGCCUUCCGGAUGCCGACCUCGCUGCUUUGCACCUCACUAGUGGACACAAGACUCUGGAGAAUGGUGUCAACGUGACCGUUUCACAGUCCACCACAGUUAUGGAUAGUCGAACUCGGCGUUUUGCAGAUGUGGAGAUUCGGCGUGGGGCUCUGGCUCUUCAUAUCCGUUAUGGCUCCACUGUGGACGAGGAGAAAGCCCGGGUUGUUGAGCUUGCUCGUCAGCGGGCUCUUGCCGGUGCGUGGGCAAGAGAACAGCAGAGAGUACGUGAUGGGGAGGAGGGGGUCCGCCCCUGGACGGAGGGGGAGAAGAGGCAGCUCCUGAGCAGUGGAAAGGUCUUGGGGUAUGAUGGGUACUACGUGCUCUCCAUUGAGCAGUACCCAGAAUUAGCGGACAGUGCUAACAACAUCCAUUUUCUUAGACAAAGUGAAAUCGGGAAAAGGUAACAAACUGAGGUGCAUCUUCUGCCAAAGAGACUUUAUUUCGGUAGACAAACACUAACUAGCGGGCAAAAUGAUAAGCAACUGUAAUCAAAGGUUAGAAGUGGCCAUGUACACAAAUGUGUUGAUGUGUUUUUGUUAAAAAAAAAAAAAAAAAAAAAAAAAAAAGUGUCAAAAGAAGCAAUGCUGUGCAUUGUGACUUAGGGACUACAGAGUAAAUGUAUAACUACACCAAGCCUUAACAUGGCAUUGACAGGUCUGUUCCUCUGUAGCACAAGCCUUUUGGACUCUGGACUCUUUCAACAGGAGCAGAGGAAUAGUGGUGUUUUGAGGAAACAGUGAACUAUUUUAGGUGUUUUAUGUUUCUUGUUUUGAUUGAGAAAUGUUCGGGUCAACAGAAAGUAUUAAAAGAGAAAAGGAAAUGUUUACAUUAUGCAUAUCUGCACUUCUCUGGAAAGAAGAAGUAUGUGGCUCAUGAGUUCACACUCGCAGAGCAGUCAGUGUCUGUGAGCAAAUGUUUGUUUUUAAAAAUCAAAGACUUCUGAUGUUAGAGAUAUUCUCACCAAACAACCACUAUGUAUACCAGAUUUAGCACUGUAAAACAUCAAAAUGUCUCAUUCUCCUUGAGUUGCUUUUAAAAGGACAAAAGUAACAGUUUCCAUGUUUAAAUACCCAAUAUCCAUUGUGAAACAAAUACAAAACAAACAAAAAAAAAUAAUAAACAAACAAAUAAAAAAAUAAAAAUAAAAAAACAGUAUAGGUAUGAAGUAACUAUGUUUGGGGAGGGGAGGCACAGAUGUGUCUUGGAUAGCACAGGGACACCAUGUUUUGUAAAUUAUGCAAGAGUUUUAUGGGGUUUUUUAAUGAAAUUGAAUAAAUGUCAGUACUAGUCAUAUUAACAGUAAUUUAUGUUGUG